GUUGUCUGAGUGGUGAGUGUGAGUCAGGCAUACCCAUCCCUUUUUAGGCUAAAUAUUAGGCAACAGCCGCCCGAGCAAGAGAGUAAGAGACAGUUUUUGUUUUCUCCUUAUCUGAAUUUUGAAUUUUGAUGAUGGAUCGGUACCAUCUUUCUCUCUCUGUUGCUGUGGUGGUGAGUGAGUGUGUCAGAAGAUGGAUGAAUGGAUAAAAAGGGUGAAACUUGCCUCGUAGAUACCGCCUUCUUCCAUUUUCAAUAGAUUAUUCUUAAGAUCUCAAGUAAUAUAUGGCGGCAAAGAAACUAUACGAGUCGUUUUCUAAGGAACUGAUUGAGGAAGUUCAUCGAUGGGGUUCGAUGAAACAGACUGGUGUGAGUCUCAAGUACAUGAUGGAGUUCGGUUCCAAACCCACUCCCCGCAAUUUGCUCAUAUCUUCUCAAUUCCUUCACAAGGAACUCCCUAUGCGCAUUGCUCGUAGGGUUAUUGACCUACAAACUCUUCCUUAUGGUUUAUCUCUCAAGCCUGCUGUUCUAAAGGUUCGAGAUUGGUAUUUGGAUUCUUUCCGUGAUCUUAGAUCGUUUCCAGAUAUAAAAGAUGAGAAUGACGAGUUGGAAUUCACAAAAAUGAUUAAUUUGGUUAAAGUACGACACAACAAUGUUGUACCUAUGAUGGCUUUGGGAGUUCAACAACUAAAAAAGGAUCUACACCCUAAGAUUGAUUAUAAGGAUUUGGAUGAGAUACACCAGUUUCUUGAUCGCUUUUACAUGUCUAGAAUUGGCAUCCGCAUGCUUAUUGGGCAGCAUGUCGCCCUACAUGAUCCUAAUCCACCUCCUGAUUGUGUGGGCUAUAUACAUACAAAAAUGUCCCCCUUGGAGGUUGCACGUGAUGCUAGCGAGGAUGCCCGUUCUAUUUGCUUGCGUGAAUAUGGCAGUGCACCUAAGGUCAACAUUUAUGGGGACCCAAACUUUACAUUCCCCUAUGUGCCAACGCAUCUGCAUUUGAUGGUUUUUGAAUUGGUUAAGAACUCCUUGCGUGCUGUGGAAGAGCGAUUUGUGGACUCGGACAAAGUUCCCCCUCCUGUUAGAAUAAUAGUUGCGGAUGGUCUAGAGGAUGUUACUAUCAAGAUUUCAGAUGAAGGGGGUGGUAUACCAAGAAGUGGCCUUCCCAAAAUUUUUACUUAUCUCUACAGUACUGCCAGGAAUCCAUUGGAUGAGCAUUCAGACCUUGAUACAAUUGAUUUGGCUACUGUGUCUACGUUAGCUGGUUAUGGAUAUGGACUUCCAAUUAGUCGUUUAUAUGCUCGCUACUUUGGAGGGGAUUUGCAAAUUAUCUCCAUGGAAGGCUAUGGUACUGAUGCUUAUCUGCAUUUAUCGCGGUUGGGAGAUUCGCAAGAGCCAUUACCUUGAUAUUUGAUGGUGGGAGAGAAAAACUCCUCUGUAGAUAUUUCAUAUUCAAGAAAACAUUAUUACUCCUAUAAUUGCCAAAUUACAUAACUUUUCUAUGGAUAUCAUUCAGUUGAGACGCAUUUUAUUUUGUUUAAUUUU